AUGGCCGGAAUGUAUGUUCUUAAGAGCCGGGUAACAUGGCAAAUGAGGGAAGAUCCGGAUCGUAGUUGCGAAAGAUCGUUUUCCUCCCUCACAGACGCUUUGGAUUCUGCUCACAAUCCAACGAUCACAUCCCCAACUGCUGAACUCAUCCGCUAUCUCUGUGAUAUCCAAACGUUGGUUCCUGCUGCUCCUAAGUAUUGUAGUCAAGAUGAAGCAACGGGAACGUACCUGGUAGCUACCUACCCUAACAUUGUUCGUCAUCGGAAAAAGGUGGUCCCCUGUCUGCACGCAGUCGCCGCGGACUAUCUGUUGUUGGACGAGGAGAAUUGGAUGGAAUCCGUCAAGGUGCUGAAGGCAGCCAUUCUCCUAGAAAAAUCUGACUCUAUCAUGUUUGAUAAGGAUCCUCCCAACAGCGACCUGCAUUCUUUGGGAAACGAGGUUAAUCGGUUGGGAUGGCGUUUUGUCAAGCAUUGUGGAAGCAAGCGAGAUGUGGUGGUGUAUGUGGACAAGAAGAUCCCCUGCAGCUGUUUGACUGACCUCAAGAAGAAGGUGAUGAAAGAGCCGGAAAUCCGUACCUGUGGCUACUGUCAGAAGCAUACCGCCAACACCAUGUGGUGUGAAGAAUGCCAUGCGGCGGAGUACUGCUCCAAGCAAUGCCAGCUUGCAGACUGGCCAGACCAUCAAGAUCCAUGCAAAUUUCUAGGAGGAGAGUUGACAGAGGAGGAGAGUUGA